AUGUCAUCAAAUGACAAUUGGAAAGUUGAUUAUCCUAAAGCACAAAAAAUAGCAUCACCUAACUAUACAUCUGGUCGAUUAGCACCGAUUAGUGGUAUUGUUCUACAUAGAACAGCAGGAGGUGGUACAAUUGAAUGGUUUUUAAACCCAGCAAGUAAAGUUUCAGCUCAUUAUGUUGUUGGACAAGAUGGUAAAGUUACACAAAUGGCAAGUGAAGCUAAUACAGCUUGGCAUGCUGGUGUUGUUUCAAGUACUUCUAUACUUGCUAAUAAUGGCAAUCCAAAUAGUUAUUGUAUUGGAAUCGAAUUUUCACGUAAUAAAACUAAUGAUAAUAUAAUGCCUGAAAUACAAAUAUUAUCUGGUUUGGAUUUAGUGAAUAAUAUUCGUGCUCGUUAUCCAAAUAUUAAAACUUAUUUUCAUGAUGAAAUAUCAAUUGGACGUAUUUGUCCUGGACCUAAUUUUCCUAAGGUAUUAUUUCGACCAUAA